CGACACAACCCCCCCCACGGCGGGCCAGCGCCGGCGCGCUUUACGGCAGCGCCCGGGAGGCGGGAGCACGUGGCGGCGCCAUGAGGAGACCGAAGCUGAGGAAGGCGAGCAAGAGGCUGAGCUGCCACAAGCGCUACAAGAUCCAGAAGAAGAUCAGAGAACACCACCGAAAGGUCAGGAAGGAGGCCAAGAAACGUGGGCACAAAAAGCCCAAGAAAGAUCCCGGAGUUCCCAGCACUGCACCGUUCAAGGAAGAGCUUCUACGGGAGGCAGAGCAAAGAAAGCAGAGGCUUGAAGAACUGAAACAAAAGCAGAAGCUCAACAGACAGAAAGAACAUGAAAAGAAGAGGAAGCUGGAAGCUAAAAAGAAGGCAGAAGCUAAAAAGAAGGGAAAGGAAUCCUCUGGCAAAUCUAAAGGAAAGACUAAAAAACCUGUGAAUAAAAAUUCAAAGAAAUCGUUCUGCAGGGAGCUCAACAAGGUGCUUGAGGCCUCAGAUGUGGUUCUGGAGGUUUUAGAUGCGAGAGAUCCGAUGGGCUGCCGGUGUCCUCAGCUGGAGCAAGCUGUCCUUUGCUCUGGAGGAAACAAAAAGCUGCUGUUGGUUCUGAACAAAAUUGAUUUAGUGCCAAAGGACAACUUAGAGAAAUGGUUGAAUUAUUUGAAGAAGGAGCUUCCAACAGUUGCUUUUAAAUCAGCAACGUUGAUGAAAGGCAAGACUAUGCAGGAACAGGUCACAAAAAGACGUGCACGUGUUGAUUUAUCAGAGCUCUCUCAGCGUUUUGGAACCAAGUGCCUUUUGAAACUUCUUCAAGAGCACGGCAAGACUCAAAACAAAGCCAUUCAGGUUGGGGUAGUAGGUUUCCCUAACGUGGGAAAGAGCAGCAUAAUCAACAGUCUCAAAGGAGCACGUGCUUGCAAUGUUAGCACAGCAAGAGGUGUUACCAAGUCCAUGCAAAUUGUGCACAUUGAUAAGCAGACAAAGAUGUUGGACAGUCCAAGUAUAAUUGCAGAUCCUUCCAACAGUGCCCUGGCUCUGGCCUUGAGAAGUAUCAUAGACACUGAAGAACCAGGCUCAGCAGAUAUGCUUGAAGCAGUAAAUGCCAUUAUAAAUAACUGCAGUAAGCAGCAGGUAAUGAUGCGCUACAAUAUGCCAGAUUUCAGGAACCCUGAGGAGUUUUUAUCUUUACUUGCUCAGAAGAGGGGCAUGCUGAAAAAGGGAGGUGUUCCUGAUGUAGAAAAUGUAGCUAAAUUAGUGCUCUGUGACUGGACAGGAGGCAAAAUAAGCUACCACUCAGAACCUCCAGGAUCUCAGACACCACCACCAUAUCUUACAGAACAAAAAAUAGCUGAAAUGCAGGAGGGCUUUAAUUUAAAGAACUUAGAAGAAGAAAACAGCAACACUGUUCAAGCUUUAAAAUACCCCACUCCAGCAAGCAGCAUUAUUUUCCAGUCAGCUGGUAUGGCAAAUGGGACAAUAGAGGAAAGUAAAGUGAUAGAGGAAGGAUCAGAGUGGAAAAACAUGGAAAGAACCGAGGAGGAGGAAGAAGAAGAAGAAGAGGAGGAAGAGGAAGAAGAAGAGGAGGGAUUUACAGAAAGCGAUGAUGAUGAUGAUGUGGAAGAAGACGAAGAAGAAAAUGAUGUCGAAGAGGAAAGCAAAGUUCAGGUCACCAGGAAAGCAAAGCUUGGAAAACAACAAGCAAACCCUACAAAUUCAGAGGAGCAGAUGGCAGAAGGUGAACAUUCCACUUGCCUGUCCUUCAGCUUAGAUAAGCCAGCAGAGGAGGAUGAUGCCUAUGAUUUUAAUACAGACUAUGUGUAGCAAUCAGGUGUGAUGGCACUGUUUGGACACUCUUACUACUGGCCUUCAGAACAGCCCUGAAGACUUGAGUUGCAGCAGAAGUGGAGGAAUGCUGCACACCAGAGCUGCUGCAAAGACUCACAAUUAUUGCUGCAUCAAAUAAUGUAUAUAGUAGUGCAUAUCCCUUGAUGGUUCCAGAUUUUAUACAGUCUGGGAAACUGCCUGUUAUUCGGCUUUAAGUCGUAAAGUUUAUUUCCUGUAAUAAAUCCUAUUUAAAAAAAUUCCUAA